AUGGGUCUCGCUUCCAAGAUGGCUUAUGCGAACGUGAACGUCGGGUACGGCGCUCCUCCUCCCCCUCAAACUCACGGCCAACCUCAGCAGGGGUACGGACAGCCUCCUCAAGGGAUGCACCAGCAGGGAGGAUACCAGUCGGCUACUCCGGCUCCUGGAGCUUAUGGCCAGCCUCCUCAACAACAAGGACAAUACGGACAACCUCAACAUGGGGCACCUGCUCAGCAAUAUGGGCAGCCUCAGGGUCAAUACGGCCAACCUCAGCAACAGUACGGCCAGCCCCAGCCUCCUCAGGGACAGUACGGCCAACCUCCUCAGCAGCAAUACGGACAGCCCCAGCAGGGACAAUACGGACAGCCUCAGGGUGGGAUGGGGGAUAAGGGGAUGAUCUUGACCUUGUUACAGACUUGUGUGCGGGAUCAACACCUCGAAGCCUUCUACCCCCCUCCCGCACUGGACCAGAUCUCCAGCCGGAUCGCCCAAUCCGGUGCCCUAGAUAAGAUCUGCCAACAAUGGCGUAUCCCCAAAGAGCUCGGUGCGGACCUGGUCAAGAUCGCCCUGUUCGACGUCGUGCUCUUGUGCGAUGAUAGUGGGUCGAUGCAGUUUGAACAAGGGGGUGAGAGGAUUGAGGAUUUGAAGAUGAUCUUGUCGAGGGUCACUUUCGCUACUUCGUUGUUCGACCACGAUGGGAUCGAGAUCCGAUUCCUCAACUCGCAGGUUCAGGGCAACCACGUCACCUCGGAAGCUCAAGCCACCCAGAUCGUCUCCCAGAUCAGGUUCAGCGGCUUGACCCCGCUCGGAACCUCGCUCGACCAGAAGAUCUUGCAGCCCAUGCUUUUGAACCCGGCCAGGGCGGGUCAGUUGAGGAAGCCGCUCUUGGUCAUCGUCAUCUCCGAUGGAGCUCCCGCAGUCUUCAACGCCGUCAUGAGGGCUUCUGAUGAGCUCCGUCGAUCCCGCUACGGCCCCGACUCGCUCUCCCUCCAGUUCGCUCAGGUCGGGAACGACAUGAAGGCUCAAGAGUUCCUCGGACAGUUGGACUCUCACCCUGUUGUCGGACCGUUGAUCGAUGUCACUUCCGACUUUGAGUAUGAGCAGGAUCAGAUGAUGAAGACUACCGGGGAAAACCUCACUGGGGAAGGAUGGAUCAUGAAACUCUUGUUGGGUUCCAUCGACUCGUCUUACGAUACCAAGGACGAGCGUCGUCACCACUAAACAGCCAGGCGGUGCAAGGAUACAAGCUACCGGUAUCCUGGGCUUGGUCCUGCGUGAAGCGCGACUGUGAAUCGUUUGGUUCAUGUUUAAGACGUGUGGAUUACGGAAAUACCGAUCGGAGAAUAAUGAUCUGGGAAAGACUGGGAACGUUGAGAAUGCUUUGAAUGUAGAGUGAAGAGAUAGUCUGAAGCUUGAAGAAUACCAUGAGACGUGAGACGAUUGUGAUUGCGAUGAAACCCGUGG